AUGUUCAAGUGCUCUACACAAAUAACGUUAGUUCUACUUCUACUCAUUGAAUCUGACUAUUGUGCGCGGGUCAAAGAAUUUCGAGGAGAGAAGGUAGCCACGUGCGUCACGCCCAACACCGACGACUAUUCCAUCGUAUUUCCUAAUGGCUGGAACUACUCCAUCAGUAGUAACAAAGCUAACUUUUACGGCAACUUCAUCAUCAAAGAAGUCAUCGAAGAGCCAAUUGAUCUUAUAAUCAUUUCGAAUCGCUGCACACUGGAUAUGAAAAACUGUGAACCCUUCAACAAGUUUACACUUCCACGGAUUUGCACUUAUCUCAAUGACGAGAAGGGCGUCUUUGCUUUAUUCUUCAAUAGCGUGGAACCCCGUUUUCACUGUCCACUCAAACCGGGCGUUUACGAAUUUAGGGAUUCAGUCAUCGAUUUAAGCUUUUUUACAAACUUUCGCUUAGAAGGAUAUCGCUGGACGGCAAGCAUUAAGUUAGUGUCGAAGGGUAAAAUUAAAAAGGAUAUAUUCUGUUUAUAUGCACAGUGUAUCGUGAGUUGGGUAAGAAAGUCAUGAUUGAUUUUAAUAUGCAAAUUGCCAUUUGAUAUGCAACAUUUAAUAAAUUUAAAUUUCGCCGACCUUCAGUAAUGCAAAAUUACAUGUGCGGAAUUCUAAAAACAACUCUGUUUUAUUCUGGAAUUAUAUAUACCCCUAUUAUAGUCAAUUGAGCAUAAUCACGAGGACUCUUCUGUUGAGGAUGGCGGAUGCUCUAACACAGUAUCAAUGAUUCCUAGCUUUUGAGCUUCUUCUGGAUUGAGGAACGUAUCUCGUUCCAUUUUAGCGUAUAACACAUCCGCUGCCGUAUUCGUAUGUUUGGCGUAAAUUUCCGUGAGCUGUCUUUUUAAUUUGAGAAUUUCCUCGGCUUGUAUUUGUAUAUCCGUCGCUUGACCUUGCGCCCCACCGGAGGGUUGAUGAAUCAUGAUUCUUGCGUUUGGC